ACAUGGCCACCUCACGAAAAGGCUCCUCAAAACUACUCCCCCUAAGCUCUGUUGCCCUCAACGACAAAGGGCAAUCAGCCCAAACCGCUCUAGCAACAACACACUCCUUAAAGCAAUGAGGAUAAGUGUCUCACCUUCUACUUCCACACACUGGACAUGAUGCUUCAACCAUCACAUGCUUCUUCUUGUUAUCCUUCUGAUGGUAGAAUCCUACGGUAAUCACUCCAAAUCGACAACUUACUCAUCUCAAGCACAUGCUACCUCCAUAUGCACUGACCUCCGAACUGCCCAUUCGAAACCGAGGGGACUAACCCCUCCUACCGUCCAGCUACCAGAUUUGACGGUUUAGCCUCCAUGCCGUGUAUGUUGCCACAUCCACAGAUCAUUCCCCCUCCAUUUAAGUGGGAUUGACAAAAUCUCUGAGCAUCGUAUUGAUGGAACUAAUUCCCCACUACCCCCUCUGUUAAUCAUGCGU